CACCGGCAGGGCAGGACCGGCUGUGGGGAGCUGUGCCAACAGCGAUCGUCAGCCCUCUGUAGCGAGUGGGGAGUCCAGAGCCAUGUCUGACCGGGAGGAUCCCUCGUGGAGACGUCUUCCAGCCAAGCACACGCUGGCCCCUCAGAUCUCCAUGGAGGCCCCCAUCUGUCUGAUCGAGACCAGCCCCGAGGGGGCACUGGCGGUGCGGCCGGAGGCGCUGCGGGUGCUGGAGGGCGUCACCCAGCCCAUGGUGGUGGUGGCCAUUGCCGGGCUGUACCGCACGGGCAAGUCCUACCUCAUGAACCGUCUGGCCGGGAAGAACAAAGGCUUCACCCUGGGCUGCACCAUCCAGGCGCACACCAAGGGCAUCUGGAUGUGGUGCCUGCCCCACCCCCGCCGGGCCGACUGCACCCUGGUGCUGCUGGACACCGAGGGGCUGGGCGACGUGCAGAAGGGCAAUAGGAAGAAAGACACGUGGAUCUUCGCCCUGGCCGUUCUCCUCAGCAGCACCCUGGUCUAUAACAGCCUGGGCACCAUUGACGGCCACGCCCUGGAGAAGCUGCACUACGUGACAGAGCUGACGAAGCACAUCAAGGUGAAAGCGGCAGAGGCCGGGGGCAGCUCGGUGGAGGGGGAGGAUGCGGCUGAGUUUGUGCAGUUCUUCCCGGACUUUGUCUGGGCCGUGCGGGACUUCACCCUGCAGCUGGAGAUGAACGGGCACCCCGUCACCGAGGAUGAGUACCUGGACUGGGCCCUGAGGCCGGAGUCAGACAGCAACGAGAAAACCACUGAGGCCAAGAAAUGCAUCCGGAAUUUCUUCCCCUCCCGCAAAUGCUUCACCUUUGACCGUCCAGCCAGCAGAAGAAACCUGCCCCGGCUGGAGGAGCUCCAGGAGGAUCAGCUGGACCCCGAAUUCCAGGCCGCCGCGCGCAGGUUCUGCGAUCACGUCUGGGACAAAGCCCGGCCCAUGAUGACCCUGGGGGGCCACCAGGUCACUGGGACGGCGCUGGGGAACCUGGCCCAGAGCUACGUGGCCAGCAUCAACAGCGGGGCGGUGCCCUGCAUCGAGAACGCGGUGCAGGCCCUGGCGCAGAUCGAGAACGCGGCUGCGGUGAAGGAGGCCCUGGCCCGCUACAUGGAGCUGAUGGGGCAGCGCGCCAAGCUGCCCACGGAGACCCUCCAGGAGCUGCUGGACCUGCACGCCCAGUGCGAGGGGGAGGCGCUGGCGGUGUUCACGGGACGCGCCUUCAGGGACGACGAGGCCACGUUCCAGAAUCAGCUCAUGGGGGAUCUGGCAGGCAGGAGGGAGGAGUUCUGCCGUCAGAACGAGGAGGCGUCUGUGGCUCGCUGCCAGGCCCUGCUAGCAGAGGCUUUGAGGGAGCUGGAUGGCAAGAUCAGCGAUGGCAGCUACUCCGUGCCCGGGGGCCACCAGCGCUUCCUGGCCGACCAGAAGGAAAUGGAGGAGAAAUACCAGCAGGAGCCUGGGAAAGGGAUAAAGGCAGACGAGGUUCUUGGGGAGUUCCUCACGUCCAAGGAGGCCAUGGCGGGAUUGAUCCUGCAAACAGACAAAGCCCUGACGGAGAAGGAGCAGGAAAUGGCAGAGCAAGCCCAGGCCCUGGCAGCAGAGAUGCAGCAGAAGCUGGAGACCGAGAAGCAGAGCACCGAGGAGAGGCUGGAGGAGCUGAAAGCGCUGAUGGAGAAGCAGGAAAGGGAGAUUAAUGAGAAACCGAAGGAUGCGCUGGGGAGGGAGGAGUGGAAGAAGUUCUUCAACCAGGAGAUGCAAGAUCUCAAAGCCCACAAGGAGACCAACAAACAAGGAUGGCUGGAGAAAGUCAUAACAGUCUCCAGGGUCACUAGUAACAUCUCCUCCAUCGUUGUGAGAGAGGCAGAGUUGUGGAAGCUCCGCAGCACCAAGAAAGAUUUACCGUUGUCUUUACAAGGGGCAGUGGGAGCAGAAAGGCUGGAAAAAGUCAUAAGGGUCUCAACACUCACUAGUAACAUCGCCUCUGUCAUCGAGAUAGCGGCACUGUUGUGGAAGCAGUAG